AAUGAGGACAUUUUCACUCAAGUGUGUGAAAGCCACACACUUGUUACAUGCUUUCACUUCCUCUUCUAAUUUUAUUUUUUAAAGGUUGGGAUCAGCGGUGUGGAAGCACAAUUGUAAAGAAAGCAACGUUGUCAUUGUGGUACAGCAGCCAGGAUGGGUCAGGCUUCCGUGUGGGCUGGUGAGUUUGGCAAUGUGAUUGAAGGUUAGGAUUGGAGACUAUCCUGGGCUUUCUCCAGCUGGAGUUCCAAGGAUUUGCUUUGGCAGGACAACAGUGACUGAUUGCAUGUUGUUGAUGUUGCUAAUUGGGUACAAGUUAUGGAGAGGGUAACUGAAUACUAUUUUGAACGUUUAUGGUUAUGUACCUUUUAAAAUUUCAUGGGCAAUACAGAAAAGCCUGUAUCCCUGUGUGGGGAAAUCCCAUGUAGCUAACCAUCUAAGCAAGUUUGCAAUCCCUCUCUGCCUAGGGUAAUCAUGCUCAUUGAUUUGAGUAGUUUUAUUAAUCAAAGUGCAUGACUUUGAACAUUCAAGAAUUUGAAAAGGGUAGUGAUCAUAUGGUAUUUAUAGCAGGUCUAGUCUUGUCAUAACAUGACUUUCUCCUCUUGACUUUUUGCAGUAAGCAUCACUGCGCUGAUCUUUCUGCAGUCUGGUAAGUUAUUUUUUCCUCUUUUCUUGGCUUUCAGAAAUCACUCUGGGGUUGGAAAUUCCUUGUGUCAGUCUCUACUAGGGUUCUAAUAUGCUCACAUUCCCUCAUUUCAAUCAUUCUACAAGGGUUGGUAAUGAGGGAAGCUCUCCAUGAUGGGGCUUUGGCCACUGAACAGGUAUCCCAGGAUGUCUGAAAGUGCCCCAACACUUUCCCCCUCCCCUGGAAGGGUCUGAAUCAAUGUUUUAUUUGUGAUGUGUGCAAAAUUACUAAAUGGAGAUAGAAUUCCUGUCCUUGCCUUCAACCCAGAGUGUAUGCAGUGGGGCAGGGAGAGGUUAGGAAGGAAGGAGCAUAUCUGUAAGCCCUACUCCUGAUAUAGAUACAGGGUGUGUGAAGUGAGUCUACAUAUGUACCAACUGCCCGAGCAAUUGGAGGUCCUGCAUUUUGCCCUUUUGUGGCAGGUUCCCACAUAUUAUUUGACUAAGGGUGUGUCCAGACUGUCAUUAAUUAUGGGUAGGAUCCAAGCACAUACAGACAAAUGCAAGUUGCACAAUUAAAGUUGGUUUGGUGCACUGACUUCACCUCAAAAAUGGACUCUCCGUGAAAGGGAAAUUCCCAGAAGACUGUGAGAUAACAAUUGCUUGAUGCAACAUCAUAUAAUAUCCCUGCAAACAAAUCAGUAUGGAUUCUCAGGGAAGAACUGACAUCCUCUAACCUCCCCACAAACUUUAUGCAAACAAAUCAGGAUCAGAGCCAGGUUUUGGGUGGUGUGACCAGGGCAGUGGCACAGCAGGAGGUGCCACAACAAUGCUGCAGAAUGGAGAGUGAGAGGUGGGGAGCACUGAAUUUUAGCGUCACACAGGGUGCUGCUGAGAUUUGAGAACCUAAUGUCCAGGACUGUCAGGGUGAAUGAAACGGUCAUCUUGAAGUACGGCUGCUGGAGAAUUCUGGUGGAAAUGCCAGUGGAAAUUGCUGGUGUUUGCUUGUUCAUCCCAUGUCCAGAACAGAAUCGAUCUAGUGAAAAGAAUCAGUAUUCACUGUAGUCUUCAGUCUGCAAACAAUACAUAAUUGAUCACUCCCCGCCCUAGUUUGUAUUGCACUGCCUUUCCAUUGAGUUGAAUGGUAUGGCUCAAAACAAUGACAAUGUAAUUAACGAUGUGAAAUUCCACCACAGUGGACAGCAAGACAAAUAUUGUAAGUUUCGUCAGAAGAAGCCCAAGAACAGAGGAAUGGAAGGAGCACUGCAUGCGAUGGACACAGGUGGCAGCAGAAAGCGAUGCUUUCUUACAUCUCUAUCUGGAAGGGAACUAACUCCUUUUUUAAAAAUUAUCUCUCCUAAUUAUCUUAACCUAAUUAUCUCUCCUAAUUAUCUUAACAGUUUCUACCUCUAAGCUGGUUUGCUAUUUCACCAGCUGGUCCCAGUACCGAGAAACUUCAGGGCGUUUUGUUGCUGAUCAGAUUGAUCCAAAUCUCUGCACCCACAUCAUUUAUGCUUUCGCCAAAAUAAGUGGCAACCAGCUCGAGCCCGGUGAAUGGAAUGAUGCCACUACAUAUGGGACUCUCAAUCAGCUUAAAAGGUGGGUAACAUAAGAAGGCACAUACAAAACAUGAAACACAAAGGGGACCCUACCUCCACAGCAUCCUCUAUUGUUGACGCAGCCCACGCUGAGCCUAGCUGGGACUUCUCUUACAGGGAGUGAGUGGGUCUUGGGUCAAACUACAUAUGAAGAUGUAACUUAACCUCAUAUGUAUAUUUUACAAUAAUAAAUAGUCACCGGGGAUGGUGAUCAGAAACAUGGUGUGUGCUUGGACAUGGCUUGUUUAACCCUUCCCCUCCACCAUGGUCCCAGUGAUAAUUAGCCCCUGAUUUUGUAUCUAAAAUGAAGCUCUCAUUGGAGCCAAUGGAAACUUUCAUCUUCAAAAAUGAAUGCUUUGGGACAGUUCUUGGUAUAACCAUGGCAGGGAGGUUAUAUCAUAUCCACCAUGAUUCCAAUCCUAGUUGCCUCCCCAGCAGUAGCUAGUGUUCACUGUUUUCAGAAGGGUAAAACCCAAGUGUUAUGUAGCAUGCAGUGUGGACCCCCAGACUCUAUCUCUUGCAAGACACCAAGUGCCUUGACUGUUUCCUCAGUGCAAGUCACUGCACUUUCCACCAGCAAUGGAAUCAAUAAUGCUGAUAAUUAAACCACUGUGAAAUGAGAGGUCUCAUUUACUUAACUAACUUCACAGGUUGAUGGGUAUUUGGGGUUCAAAUAUCACAUUGUGUUGAGUUGUAUUAUUCUUUCUCAAACUUUUUUAAAGUAAAAGCCUUGAAGCAGUCUCUGGCAGGUUGUUUCUGAGCAGAAGAGGAGUGUAUCAAGGGACACAACUUUACUCUAACCUCUCCAGCUGUUCAUCAGCUGAAACAAUUAUUUAAAGUACUCAUCACUGCUUUGGUAGCACUAAAUGAGGGAUGGUGAAAAAUAUGCUACUUCCAAGUGUAUCAAAUGCUCUGAUUAUUCCAUACAGCCUAUUACUCAGAAUGCUUGGCCUACUGCCAGUCUCCCCUCCCCUUCUGCACAAUCCAGAGAAAAUUAAUUAACUGUGCACAUGUAACACUCUGGAUGAUGUUCUGUGCUAUAAAAAACCCAAAGUUGACUUCUGCUUUGCUGAAAUCAUUUUUAAAAAAUAUCCUAAUACUCUUUAUUUUAUUCACUCUUUUCUUCUUUAGAAAUCGCAACUUGAAGACCCUUCUCUCUGUUGGUGGAGCUCUCAUGGGACCUGAACCGUAAGUCUAGAGCUAUCUGUUUACAGUCGUACCUUGGAUCCCGAAUGCCUUGCGAGUUGAACGUUUUGGAUCCCGAAUGCCGCAAACCCAGAAGUGAGCGUUCUGGUUUGCAAACGUUCUUUGGAACCCAAACAUUGGACACGACUUCUGCGGCUUCCGAUUGGCUGCAGGAGCUUCCUGCAGCCAAUCGGAAGCCAUGCCUUGGUUUCCAAACAUUCUGGAAGUUGAACAGACUUUCGGAAUGGAUUCUGUUCAACUUCUGAGGUACCACUGAACUUAAUUUUUGCUUAUGCCAGUAAAAAUCAUAAGUGAAAAAAAGCCAAAGGUUUCUCUUCCAAAGUGGCCUGUCCUUUCAGUAUAGCAAGUAUACUUCCCAGAAGUGGGGUUGACACCUUGCUGUAAACUCUCUCUCUGAACAUGUGUGGUGAUGGUCAGAGCCUGGCUAUUUCCACAUUUCUCCCUGUCUAACUGUGAGACAGCCUAAUGCUUCUUGACACCUCCAGUGGGAGGGUGAGCAUGGGCAAACCCUGGUGUAUAAAGUUGCACAGUGAACCAUUCUUCUCUUGGAUUUUAGAUUACAAUUCAUCUCAGCAAGUGGGACCUGCAACAAAAUGUGUAUCUUCUUCCUUUAACAAGAGUGCUGCUUUCCAGUGCUCCAGUCAGUCAAGCCCUCCAAUAUAUACUGUGAGCUGUAAAAGGACCAACACAGGCCAAUUCACCUUCCCAAUUUGCUUUCUUGUUUUCCUAUAGUCAUCACCAGGGCUGUCUUUAGCAUAAGCACUACCGGGGUGCAAAGAUCCUCCCAGCACCCCCAAAUUAAUUUUUAUUGAGCUUUUUUUGAGGAGGAAGCCAAAGUUGCUGACCUUUUUUAAGGGGGGAAAUCGCUCACCUGCAACAAUGACGCAGCGGAAUAAAUUGCUUUUGUUUCCUGACUCGCUGGUGAUAUUUGAUGCUAUGGAGUAGCAGAGCAACGGGGGGGGGGGGAGAGAGAGAGAGAGAGAGAGAGAGACUUUCGCUCCUGUCAGGGAACUGCCAUUGACUCAGAGGCGAGAAAUAGAAGGGCAGUUGUGUUACAGGGAGCCUCCGAAAAUCUUGUGAAGCAGUUCCUCUUCUGGGGAGGAGGAAAGCCCCACCUCCGGUGGGGAAGAGGUGCAAGGACCAGAGGAUGCUGGUGGGAGCCUUAACACCACACCUGGGCAAGCUGGACAGGAGGGAAACACACCCUUGCCAUCGUCCAUCCUGCACAGUAGUCUGAGGCGCAGAGAGGGGCGGAGACGGUUGGGGGUAACAAAAUUCUUAUGUUGGGGGAGGUCCAUAAAAAGACUACUCCCGGAUUCUGCUAGCGAUUGAGCCAGACAUGAGCCUUGGGGCUCUUCACUGUAAAUAGUGUGCACCAAAAUAAAGCCUGUAAAACACAGCUCGGAGUCCUGCCUGGUUACUCUCAAACUGCAACAGCCACCUGACAGCUCCAUUGCUUUUCACUGUCACCGAUCGAGAGGGACCGGUCGGUAUACAGUAGGUAUACAUUUGGCACACACCCCCCCAGAAUUCAGCACUGGGUGCCCCGCACCCCUUGCACCACUGGGUAAAGAUGGCCCUGGUCAUCAACAAGUUUUUCCAACCCUUCUGUUGGCUCCCUUUUGUUUUCCAGUGGUCCAUUUCUGUUGGCAUGGUGUACUGAGUUUUUUUAUUGGAGGGAGUGAUACUUUCAGUAUGAAUACUUCUCUGCCCGUGGAAACUUUUUUCCAGUUAUUGUGGAAUACUUCAAUCAUCUACUGUAAAAAAUAAUAAUAAUGGCUUCAUUUUAUUUCUAUGAAAAACACAAAGUAAUCAAGAAUCCCUCUACGUUUUUGUCUCCUGUCUGUAAUAGCUUUAGAAGAAUAACUGCAUCUCCUGCCACACGCUCAGAAUUUGUGAUGUCUGUGUUGCAGUUGCUUCGGACAAAUAACUUCGAUGGCUUUGAUCUUGCUUGGCCCUUAGCAGAACUGUCUGAUAAAAGCCGUUUGACUAACCUGGUUAAGGUAAAGCAAAACACAAAUCAUCCUUAUGCAAAUACAUUUAACAAAGAAAUUGAUUCAAAAGACAGUGAUGGGAAGGAAUUACAAAUAAUAACUUACGAUUUCUGUUUUGACUAUGUCUUUGUUUUGUUUUUGCUCCACCGCUUUCUGUGCAAAACCCUGCUCUUUACCACUGAAUUGGCACAAACAGCAAUCUACAGAAAAAAACUAAAAGCCAUUUGCUUCAAUUCAGCUGUAAAGAUCAGGUUUUUCUGGGGAAAGAUGUGGGGCAAAGGGAAAAAAGCACUUGGAUACAGAAUGGGAAAAUGUGGACUGAUGCCUUGAAAAUGUAGGGUAGAAGAUAACUGUGGAUAAGUCCUCAGAUGUCUGAAGAGUGGAAGGCCAGGAGAGAGAUUUCUUUGUGGUAGCCCCCAAAUUGUAAAACUCCCUCCCUACACAAGUGAAUCUAACAGCAUCAUUAUUCAGCUGAAAAGGCACCUCUUUGCUUUUGACAGGCAAAAAAUAUUUUUGUGACCUACUUGAAAACUAGGAAUUAACCUGAUUGGGGUGGUUGUGGGUGGGUGUGAAUGGUUGGUUAUUCUGUUUUAAGUUGUACUGCUCUAUUUCUUACCCCUCCUUCACCAUAACAUCCCAGGGCAAGUUACAAUAACAAAAUUGCCCUGGGAUGUUAUGGUGAAGGAGGGGUAAGAUUCAUAGUAGUAGUUGCCGCUGCAUUAAUCCUCCGCAUCACCCAUUAGGAUCUGUCUGUAGCAUUUCGGAGGAGGGGUCAGAAAAGACUCUUACUGAGUGUUGCAAUACCCGCUGGAAGAGAAGCCAUUGACAAAGGUUAUGAUAUUCAGACAAUCUCAGAGUAAGUACCUUUUAAAAAAAUUAAUCUACAUUAAACAUUAAACAGCAUACUGGGUGGGGCAAUUACAGUGAGCAAGCAGUACAUUUCUUUAGUUCCAGUUUAAAUGGUUCAGGCAAGCAAACAGAUGCUAUAAUGAUGAUUUAGGGCUUAUUUGCACAACUUUCUUUGUGUACCCUGAGAAGGGUGGUAUACAAAUUUAAUAAAUAACAGUAAUUUACUUUCAUAAAUAAUAUUUAUUAAGUUUUCCAAUUUAACAAUCCAGUAAAAACUACAUAAAAACAUUCCAAAUUAUAAUGCAACAAAACAGCCAAAUAAUCAUGCCAAAUUAUAAAUCUGAAGUUCAGGGAGUGAUGAUCUAAUGUUGUUAUUGCAUUCCUUAAUUAGUCAGAUAAUCCUGAUAAACAUUUCCAAAUGUUGAUCCUUUGUUUAUUUUUAACAUCCUCUGAGUUCGUUUAGACAAGCGGAUUAGUCCUUUGUAAUUCUGUGUCAAAUAUUGUCCUGUAAUCCAACAUUCUCAUCCACUUUCACUUUCUGCAUUUCUUACUGCAUCACAGCCAAGACCGGAGGAGAUGUUGCCUCUUCGCCAUUAGCACCGGGCAGAUAUCUAAAAUUCCCUCCUGUAAUCUUUUCCCAGCUGCUAAUGAGUUGAUGUUUCCGUAAAAAACACCGUAGCUCCCAUCGUAAAUUCUUUUUAUCAUUCAAUUAAAGGUCUUUGCCAGAAUCAUAGUCCAAAUUUCACACAGUCAAUUUUGUAGUUAAACCAUAACAAUAAUGAUAGCAAGAUACUCUUUCAGUCCUGCUUCCUCAUUUCAAACCGUACUUCGGGGGAGAUUUGCCAAAAAAACCCAGCAAAUGCAAAAUAUAUCAAAAGGAAGUAAUGGAGGCUCACCUUCCCAACAUACCAAUAGUUGCAACGAAAGUCCUUCUCCAGGUCGAAUCCUUGGCACCCAGUGGCUGAAUCAGUUAGCAGAGUACUUUAUAUUCCCUAGUUCAGAGCAUGCCUGCUAAUUAAGCCCGAAUUUUAUCUUAAAAAAUAGGUGUCUGCUACUUAUGGCAACAGCUUUGGAGAGUUGUCAAGAAGUGCAGUGCAAUGCACCCAGCGCCCCCUGCCCCCCACAUUAAAUAACAGAAAUUUAAUAUCCUCAACAUAAAGUGCCUUUUUCAGUUGUAAGGUAGAGGUGAGACCAAAAAAAUGUCAGCUCACAGUUUUGCUCCAAAAUGGUAAGUAACUACAAAUAGAUUUCCAUUCUGGAAGGCUAGUGUGGAUGACAUUUAUUAAACCUAACAGAAACGGAAGAUAACUGUAGUUAUUCCCCAAGGGUCUCGAGUAACCAUUUGUUCUUCUUUCUCUAGAUAUGUUGAUUUCAUUAACUUCAUGACCUUUGAUUUUCACGGCGCCUGGGAAAGUUUCACAGGCCAUUUAAGCCCCCUUCAGAAGAGCACAGCUGACAGUGGAUCUGCAUCCUACUACAAUGUUGUAAGUUGUCAGUCCAAGGACUCUGUUAAAUAUUUCAAAGGGCUUUUCCAUAAGCUUUUUUUAAAAAAAAUGCCACAUGUUUUCUUCACUGUAGCAAUAGUAAAGCUAGCCUGGUGGACAAGGUUCUGAACCAAAUUGAUUUAAUGGCUGGCACAAGAUAGAUUCACCUCUACCCCCAUUAAACAGAUGAUUAACUCAAGCAGAUGGAUAGGGGACAGAUUUCCCAAAUAAAACAGUCUGGUACUAAAACAGCCUGGUAUUCAGGAUCCUGCAUUUUUCCAAGGCACAUGCAACCCAUAGAUAAUAGCAUUGAGCAACAGAUCUGCAACAUGUCCUGAACAGGCAGGUCUAGGAAUUAGAAAGUUGACCUGUUUAGCAUGGGGAGAACCUCACUUGAAGAAAACAUUUCAUAGCUUAAGGAGUACUCCUUGAUUCAGCAUUGUCUUUGGAGGUCUAAAUGACAUCAGUGGCUCAAAGUGUCCUUUUCCAGCUAUGUCUGGUAAGCCAUGGUCAUUUCUGGAUCAUAAGAGCCCUGACACAGUGAUCUAUGCUCUGGUAACCUCUUGGUAGAUUACUGUAAUAUGGUCUUCAUGGGGCUACCCUUGAAGAUAGUUUGGAAGCUCCAGCUGAGGGGAAACACAGCUGCUAGAAUCUUGAGUGGUUCAGUCAGGUCCUUCUUACCCUGUCAAUUGGUGAAGUUUAAGAUAGGGCCUGUUCUGUGAUAACACUUUGGUUCUCCCUCAAAGUGUGGUUGGUGCCAUCAAUGCUUCCUUUUCAGCAGCAGCUAAAAACACACUUCUUCAGCCAAGUUUUUGCUGGGAAUACUUUACUGGGUCACAUAGAAACUGAUCAUGGUGCUGCAUUACAUUUUGGGCCAGGGAUGGGCAGCAACAUGAGGGCUGAGAGAAUGUGUGGGCAGAGGAGGCAAGCGGGGAGGAGGAAGAUCUAGGGGAAGGGGUCGGUGAUGUGUGGGGAGCUGGAGGAGGUAUUGGAAGCUGAAGAGCCUGUGAUGGGUCCAGAGAGAGUGGUGCCUUUGGAAUCGCCUCUAUCCUUCCCCACCACUGUCUCCAUACACAAGGAGGGACUUGAAGUGACAGGAGAAGCUGGAGCUGUCACUGAGGAGGAGCUAUUGGGUGCUUGUGUUGGCCAUGUCAGACAAGGGCAUUUAAGAAAUCAGGAAGAGGUGUGGCUAUGUUGUUGCUCAAAUGUCCAAGAUGGAACACAGGUCUACAGAGAUAGAUUGCCUAGAGAGCUAGUUAGCGGGGAGUGGUAUAUCCCUUGCAACUUAGGAGCUGACAUAACCGAGUGCUUUGCUGAUAAAUAAAUAACAUUCAAGUCAGUUGUCCUCAUCAUGGGUCUGGGUAUGAGCAGGACGUAUUGUCAUUUUGUAUAUUUUAUCUGAGUUGUUAAUUGUUUUAAUGGUGUGUUAUGUUGUUAACCAUGUUGGGACCAUGAAUGAAGGUUGGGAUAGAAAUUGAAAUAAUAAAUAAAGAAGUUUAGAAAUAACAUUCAGUGUCCUACCUAAUGUAUGCAGUAACUAGACUUCUCUUCCUUCUUCAGGACUAUGCUGUGAAGUAUCUACGCAGCAUAGGUGCCCCAGCUGAGAAGAUCAUCAUGGGAAUCCCCACUUAUGGCCGGUCUUAUACCCUUUCUACCAAGCUGACUGGAGUUGAAGCCCCAGUAUCUGGUGCUGGGACACUAGGUCCUUUCACAAAAGAAGCGGGGAUACUGGCCUAUUAUGAGGUAGGGAGGAUUUCAUUUAAGUUCCCAUUUAGCCUAUAGAAACCCCAAUUCCCUUCUGUCUCAUCAAUCUCAAGGAGAUGGAUUCAAAUCAGAAUUAGGAUGGGAAGAAGGCAGGAGAAAUUUAACAUGAAGUUAUCUCAUGCUCUGUCUUAGAAAUGGUACAUAAUUAGAUAUGUGUGGCUCAUAGACAACCCAGACAUCACAUAGGGGUGUGUGUGGAGAGAGAGAGAGAGAGAGAGAGAGAGAAUGCACACACCACUAUGUCAUACAGUCGAAGCAUUUCUUCACGCCCAUACCCUCCGAGUGUCCUGAUUUUCCAAGGACAGACGUGGAAUUAUGAAAGCCAUCCUAGCUUCUGAUUUGAUCCCAGAAUGUCCCUAUUUUCCCCACCAGUGCUGCCACUGCUGAGCUUGAGGAGGAGCUAGCACUUGUCCUGAGCAGCAGUGGCAACGAGGGAGCAUCCCGUUGCCUCUCCAUGGCCUCUCCAUGGCCGCCACUGCCUACCUCCUCCCUUGGGCAGCUCAUAGCGGCUGCUGAAGAGCAGGUGAGGAGAAGAAGCUGCUGCUGCCCAGGCCCACCAAAUGUGCUGGCUCUGAGGGGCAGGCAGAGCACAGGGCCGCCCUGGGCAGGAAAAAAGGGGAAGCGGAGCAGAGAGCAAAGAGUCUAGAUUUUUUUAAGCUUUGUGCACCCACAUUUAAUCUUGUCCCUUUCUAAAAUUUAUUUAUUGGUGUGUGUUUUUCUUUUUAAAUCUACCAAAGCUAAAUAAAAAAGGAAUAAGGGGUUUUCUCAGGGCGUUAGCGUGUAAGAUGUGUCCCGUUGGUAUUGUGGUGGUGGCACUUGCCAUUCUUCUGAUAGGAAAUGCUCUGUGGGGGCAGGACCAAAAAAGAGGGGUCAAGGAGAGUCAAUUGGUGGGGGGGGUGAGCAAUGUUCUUAUUUUCAUGAGGAAUGUUGGAAGGCAGUGUUUUUUUUCUUUAAAAAAUGUUUAGGGGUAUUCUCAUUUCCCUACUCAUAUUAAAAUACUGCCCCUCAACAAGGCCAAACUUAGAUUCACAAAAUGUUUAGGGGUAUGUGUACCCCCACAAAAAAGCACUGUUGGAGGGUAUGCACUCCCAGUCCCAAAGCAAUGGGAAAGCUAAAGUCCUCAAUCUGAAAUAAAGCAUUUGCCCUAAAAUCAAGUUUAACUGGCAAGAAUUGGGAAAGUGGGGGAGUGAUGUGUCCAAACUGUACCACUACCUGUGGAAUCCCUUUAUGGACCUCAAAGCAAUGGUAUGGGGGAGGGCUUUAAAUCUAUAUCAGAUUUUCUCUUCAAAAACAUGUGUUGUAGUAAAACUUUAACCUACUUUUUAUAGCUCACAUAUAUAUUGUUAUAGCGUCGUGAGUGCUGUGGAAACGUUGUGGAGAGAGUAGUCAGAGGAUAAAUGGGAGGACUUUGGAGAACUAACGUGGGGGAAGGUCCUAGCAGGUUGGCAGGUGGAGAUCUGGACACAAGGGAAGGGUCUAGUGGCCUAUUAGAGGAGAGACCCAAUUCUAUGAGAUCAGACUCCCCAAGCAAUAUGUCACCAGCUGUGGAGGUGACUCCAGCACCUUCCAUUUUCGGUGAAAAGCCUUUCCAUCAUUGGCAGGCAAAAGAGAGAUGUCAGGACAAAAUGGUGGCUAGUCCUGUCCUGCAGUAAUAGACAAUCUGCUAACAUCAGCAUUCAUAUUUAUGACUUUCAAUUUAUUCCUGUCAGAUCUGUGGCUUUAAUUCCGGUGCCAAGAAGGAAUGGAUUCAGGAACAAAAAGUCCCCUACUCCUAUAAAGGGAACCAGUGGGUUGGAUAUGAAGAUGUGGCAAGUGUUCAGAUCAAGGUAAGUACUGGCAAAUGUCUAUUCCCUUUGUCCGUUAAGUUGCAUGAUCUACAGGCAUUGGUAAGGAAAGUUAUGAAAUUGUGCGAGGAUAGGUCCUCUUAUUCUUAAAAUAGGCCAUAGUGGCUGAGCACCUGAAUGUCAUACAGAGAGAUGCCACCACUCAAUUUUAUUUAGAGGGCAAAUCUUGUUUCCAUCAAAGAUGUACAUCAGGAUAGGAGCUGGAUGAUCCCAGCUGCCUACACAGACCAUAUCUGCAAGGACUAGCAAAUUAAGUGGCAAGAAGCAGAAUAAAAGAAAAACUGUGACGGGCAGUACAGGUGUCCCCCACUUAUGUAUAAUCAAUUUGGUAACAAUUCACUAAUUCAAUUCAAACCCAGAAAUGGCAGGAGAGAGCUGGAGAGCACUUGUGGUUCAUAAGGAUACCCUUUCCAGAGCCCAAAGAGAAUAUCAGUGAGGGAGGAGGAAGCCCCAAACAGACUGGAGGCACAACAGGGAUUUGUUUAGGCUGCUGAGCCUCCCCACCUAGCAGCUGAUAUAUGGAGUAGUGCAGCAGCAGCCGCUUUUCCAGCCUCCAGCCAGCCCCCGAGUUUCAAUUCUAGUUGUAGGUAUUUUUGAAUACAGUAUUUUUGGUAUGGGUGAAGAGAGAGCAGCAGAGAGGGUGUUUAAGGGCUAUUUAGAGGGUACUCUCCACUUUACGAGAUUUCAUUUAAGCACACGGGGCUCUGGAACGUAACUCCUGCAUAAAGGGGGGGCUGCCUGGACAUGUUUUUUACAAAGAUUUGACUAUUGGCUUGGUUUCCAUCUAAUUUUCUAUUUCACUGAGCAAUGAUACUCAAACGAGGUGGCAAGCCAUUGGCUGUUAGAUAUGAGAUUGUAGCUUGGAUUGCUAUACGGUUAAGCAAUGUGCAGGCCUGCUCACAAUUCUAUUCUCUUAUCAGGCUGCCAACAUCAGAGAAUACAGAGGCCCAUAAAAAAAAAAAUCCCAGCAAAAUAUCACUUUGCUGCUUUGCAUGUAUGAGCUGUCACAGAAUACAUGUGUGCACUUUGGGAUCAUAUGGGAAUUUGUUGCGCAAUGUGCAUGAAUAUGCUGUUAAUGCACUGUGCCGUGAAUGUGAAUGCAUGUGCAUUUGACUGCCAUGUGGAAAUCCAGCCCUAACAGAAGACCUAUAGAGGUGGCUGGUACCAUCCUAGAAGAUAUGUUUGUCAAAGGUGUGCAUGUGCAGUAUGGUGGCCUUCUUGCUGCUUGACAGACAGAUGUGUCUCUAUUGAGGAAAUGACAGCAGUAGCCUUUUUUACACAUCUGGACCACAGCGUAGACUAAGACGCUUCCACAGCCCAGUUUUCACACCAUGGUAAACCAUAAUUAAUGGGUUGCUGUGGGUUGCUUUGUUCUUCUCUGCCUUGUGUAUGGAGAACACAAAGUACUACAGACUGGUUUGGAUGUAAUGUUAAGAAAGGGGGUAAUUUGUUUUUCCCCAAGCUAGCAAGAUGGGAACAAAACAGCCGUGUUUGGUUCAUGCAUGGUAAGUCAUGUUGUAUGGCGUACCAGGAUGUGCAAACUAAAUCCAUGUGUGGUAUGCAAAAAAGUUCCAUAAAAUUUUACAUUUGAUAUAGAAUUUGUUUUUGUUUUUAAAUUCUUUUUUCCCUUUCUUUCUUUUUUAAUCUUCUUUAGGUUCAAUACAUGAAGGAUAAUCAGUUGGGAGGUAUUAUGGUUUGGACACUUGAGCAGGAUGAUUUUUCGGGUUCCUUCUGCAACCAGGGAAAAUACCCUCUAGUUGGUGCUAUUAAGAAAGAACUAGAUAAAAAAGCUCCAGUUUUUGCAAGAGGAUAAUCUUGAAUAUCAGGAGAACUGUGAAGGCAUGCUGGAGCUUAUCUGUUUCUUCUAGACAUGAAUGCAGAUGAUCCAUUUACUAUGUGGGAAAUGUCAGGAAGUUUAUUUGGUUGUUAAAUGCAUGCUAAAGUGCUAUAAUGUAGACGGCCAUAGCAAGUUUUCUAUUAUUUCUUGGUUAAUGUUACUUCCUAAUUUGCUGUACUGCUGUGAAGUGAAGACAUCGUUUCUCCACAUCCCACUCUGUGCUUCUGCAGUCUUUCAUCACUAUUGCCAAGUUCCUGGAUGAAGGGCUAUGAAGUUACUGGUUAAGUCUGUUCUUAGCUGUCUUAAAAAUGAACUCACCGUUGUAAUUGUGGCGCUUGCAUUGGUUUCCAAAUAUAUAAAUAAUGCAUUCGAUAAAAC